AUGAUGCUGGAAAUAUUGGAUUCAACAAAACACGACCAUCAAUGAUUCUUCAUUGAAUACGUUGACUUAACUUCAUCACCUCAACUAUUUUUCUAUCUCUGACACAAACAUCAAAUGCAAAUUAUGAAGUGAACAGUUAUAGUUUAUUACGACAACCUUCAAUAUCCUCGUCUCUCUCCGUUUCUAUUGUCAUUGUCACUUUCCUUUUUGGUUCAAAAACACAGAGACAAUAAAAUGGCGUCCUCUUACAAACUAAACUAUUCCUCUAUUCUUCAUCUCCUUCUGUUUCUUUCUAGUCUUCUCACUUCCUCCGCCAACCUCUCAUUUAAUUUCUACGCCGGUUCUUGUUCUGUAGCCGAGUUUCUAGUCAGAAACACCGUUAGAUCAGCUACCUCCUCCGAUCCAACGAUCCCGGGGAAACUCGUCCGUCUCCUCUUCCACGACUGUUUCGUCCAGGGUUGUGAUGCGUCAGUGUUGAUACAAGGGAAUGGCACAGAGAGAAGUGAUCCCGGAAAUGCCUCUCUUGGAGGAUUCUCAGUCAUAGACACAGCCAAGAACGCCAUCGAGAUUUUAUGUCCGGACACUGUUUCCUGCGCUGACAUAGUCGCACUUGCUGCUAGAGACGCCGUCGAAGCUGCAGGAGGACCGGUGGUUAAGAUUCCGACAGGGAGGAGAGACGGGAAAGAAUCGAUGGCUGCAAACGUAAGACCGAACAUCAUCGACACAGAUUUCACUCUCGAUCAAAUGAUCGAUGCCUUCUCUUCUAAAGGCUUGUCCAUUCAAGAUCUCGUUGUCCUCUCUGGAGCACACACGAUUGGAGCAUCACACUGUAACGCAUUCAAUGGAAGGUUUCAACGAGACUCGAAAGGAAACUUCGAGCUAAUCGACGCGUCUCUCGACAACUCCUACGCAGAGACACUAAUGAACAAAUGUUCGUCCUCGGAAUCCUCGUCAUUGACAGUGAGCAACGAUCCAGAGACAUCUUCCAUAUUCGAUAAUCAGUACUAUAGGAAUCUGGAGACUCACAAGGGUUUGUUCCAGACGGAUUCUGCUUUGAUGGAGGAUAAUCGGACGAGGACGAUGGUGGAGGAAUUAGCGAGUGAUGAGGAAAGUUUUUAUCAGAGAUGGAGUGAGUCGUUUGUGAGACUGAGUAUGGUUGGUGUGAAAGUUGGUGAAGAUGGUGAGAUAAGACGUUCUUGUUCUUCCAUUAAUUGAAAACAUUUCUGCUUCUUAAUUAAUUUGACCCAAUUUGGAUAGUUAGUAUGUAAUGUUAUGUUAUCUCCCAAUUUUUAUUUUGAUAGUUUUGGUACUUGAAAAUCAAUCGUCUUUUAGUUGUCGAGACAGAUCCUCUUUCUAAAGCUGCGUGUAAUAUGGGAAACACAUUUUUCGAUUUGGAGGAGUCUUUGAAUCCUAAA